AUGGUCAACAGCAUCCUCCCCUCGACGCUUGAUGAAUACCUCGACUCGCUCGACCAGUUCAAGUCAAACGACAGAAUCGAGUCACUCUACUCAGACUACAGCUCCACUCGCCAAUCCAACCCAGCCGGCUUCCAUUCGAACAAUGCAACCUGGCAGAUCAUCCUCACCGACCUACUCAGACUCGGCUUGCAGUCCAAACAGAAAACAGGAGAACAAGGAGAAGACGAACAAGAGACUGAUCGAUUGGUACUCCAUCUCAACGAUCAGCUUCUCGAAGCACUCAGGCGUCCUUCGAUCGGCAAACCCUACGGACUAGCCUGUCCACUCUGGGCUCUCUCCUCACUCUCAACCCCUUCUUCCUCAGCCCUCAUAGCCCCGCUCGACUCCUUCCUCUCAACCGCAGGCUGGGGCCCAGCCACCGGCAUCGCAACCACCAUGGUCCGCUCGAUCUCUUGGGCCUCAAGAGCGCUCACUAGGGGUACCAUCCUCGACCCCGACCAACGAUUCGAUCAACUCGAGCUUGACCAAAAACUAAACAUCGUCAAGAUCGAUUGGGUCAAUCUCUUACUCCUUCGACAAGCCGCAGAUCGAGUCAUCGAACGAUACCAACAGCACUUCGUCGGACUAUCUCCCUCGAUCGACUGUUUAUACACCCCUUCACAAUUCAAAGAUCAACUUACCAGAGACCUUUUCCCAUCUUCUAAAUCAAACCUCAAACUAUCGGCCACAGACAUGACAAUCCUUCUCAAGCAUCUCGAACGUGAUCGAAGGAUCCUGGUCUCGGAGAAAAAUGUCAUCAAAUUUGUCUUACCUGCCUCCAUCGAAACGGACCGAGAAGGAACAAAGUAUUCCAGGAUUGGCCCUACUCCGAUUAAUGAGGUCGAUCGUGGCGUCUUAUCCGUCAAACAGACCAUCCAUCAGUUAAACCGACAGAUUCAAAACAUCAGUGCCCAAAUCGAGCAACGAACUCUAGAGGCGAAAAAAUAUGUUCAAAAGUCUCAACCAGAAAUUGCUGCCACUCAACUCAAAUCGAAGAAAGCAUUGCAAACAGUCCUCAGUCAACGGAUCGGGAUCCUUGAGACCUUAAAUGGAGUUUAUCUGAAGAUUGAACAAGCAAGUACCGAUGCAGAGAUCAUGAAUGCGUACGAGACGUCGACGAAGACGUUGAAGAGUCUCCUAGCCGAACCGGCUCUGAAGCUCGACCGGGUCUCGCAAACGAUGGACAACUUGCAGGAGGUCUUGGCCGACCAAAAAGAGAUCGACGAGGCAAUCAACCAGGGAUACGAUUCGAGCGCGAUCGACGACCAAGAGAUCGCGGCCGAGUUGGCCGGCUUGCUUGAUACCCAAGCCCCUCGUCAACAACAGAAACAACAACAACAGCAACAAUCUCAACCGAGCAUCGUCCCUCAGCCUCCUACUACCGUCGACGAAUUGCAAGCCAAACUUAGCGCGCUCUCGGUCCCGGAAACGCCCGAUCAUACUCCGUCCCAACAACCGCAUCAGACCUCUGAGAGUGACGACCAUGAAGGACAAAAAUUAACUGAAAACGCCCAAUUGGCUAGUUAA